CGCUCGCCGUGUUGCUGCUCCCGUGGCUGUGGGCGGCGCUGGCGCACCUGGUGUGGCGGCCACGCGCCGUGGCGCGGGCGUUCGCGCGGCAGGGCGUCCGCGGGCCGCCGUACCGCUUCCUCGUCGGCAACAACGACGAGGUGAAGGCGAUGCGCGCGGCGGCCGGCGGCGAGACGCUUGCCCGGGGCUCCCACGACAUCGUCCCGCGCGUGCUGCCGCACUGCCGCGCGUGGGCGGCGCGCUACGGCCGGGUGUUCCUGUCGUGGGCCGGCGCGAGGCCGACGCUGUGCGUGGGCAGCUACGACAUGGCGAGGCGGGUGCUCGCGGACAAGGCGGGGCUGUUCGUGAAGCCCGACCCAGGCCCCAGCAUCCUGGCGCUGCUGGGCAUGGGCCUGGUGUUCGCCGAGGGCGAGGACUGGGCGCGCCACCGCCGCGUCGUGCACCCGGCGUUCGCCAUGGACAAGCUCAAGAUGAUGACGGGCGCCGUGGCGGCGUGCGCGGGGGAGGUGAUCCGGGCGUGGCAGGCGCGCGCCGCGGCGGCGGGCGGCGAGGCGACGGUGGAGGUCGGGCAGCAGUUCACGGAGCUCACCGCCGACGUGAUCUCGCACACGGCGUUCGGGAGCAGCUACCGGCGGGGGAAGGAGGUGUUCCUGGCGCAGCGGGAGCUGCAGCACAUCGCGCUCGCCGCCAUCACCAGCGCCCGCCGCGUCCCGGGCAUGGAGUACGCGCCGACCAAGGCCAACGUGCGCCGGUGGCAGCUGGAGCGCAAGGUGCGGGACACGCUCAUGGCCAUCAUCGGCGAGCGCCUGGACGCCGCCGGGGAGGCCCGUGGAUACGGCACAGACCUGCUGGGCCUCAUGCUCGAGGCCAACGCCGGCGGCGGCGGCGGCAAGGCGGUGAUGAGCAUGGAAGAGAUCAUCGACGAGUGCAAGACGUUCUUCUUCGCCGGGCACGACACGACGGCGCACCUCCUCACCUGGGGCAUGUUCCUCCUCGGCACGCACCCGGAGUGGCAGCCACGCCUCAGGGAGGAGGUGCUCCGGGAGUGCGGCGGCGCCGACACGCCCCUCCACGGCGACGCCCUCAACAAGCUCAAGCUCGUGACGAUGGUGCUGUACGAGACGCUCCGGCUGUACGGCGCGGUGAGCAUGAUCGGGAGGGUGGCGGCGGCGGACGCGGACCUGUGCGGCGUGAAGGUGCCGAGGGGCACGGUCCUCACCAUCCCGAUCGCGAUGCUGCACCGCGACGAGGAGGUGUGGGGCGCGGACGCCGGCGAGUUCAACCCGGGCCGGUUCCGCGACGGCGUGGGGCGGGCGGCGGCGCACCCGGGCGCGCUGCUGGCCUUCUCGUCCGGCCCGCGGUCGUGCAUCGGGCAGGACUUCGCGAUGCUGGAGGCGAAGGCGACGCUGGCGCUGGUCCUGCGGCGGUUCGCGUUCGAGGUGGCGCCGGAGUACGUGCACGCGCCGACCGACUUCCUGACGCUGCAGCCGCUGCAGGGCCUCCCCGUCGUGCUCAAACUCCUGGACCCGUAGAAGCAGCGUCAUACUUGUUAAAGCACGUCGCAUGACACUGGCCUCAGAGAGGAUCAGAUACUGUUUAUCUCCUUGCUAGAGUUGCAAGCAAUCAAAUGGUGUAGUAGGAUGAA